ACCGAUCAAUCUCUGCCAUUCAAAUCAGUCCGAGAUGAUGUAACAGUUUGCUUCCACGCAUGGGACUGCGCUAGUUUCCACUCAACUAGACUUCAUUGUGCGUACCUGGUGGGGGGAAGGAAUCUUCGCUUAGGUCUUUUUGCUUCAAAAUCUUAAAAUGCUCUACCCUUUGACUAUACCAUGUUGAACAAUUCCUUAGUUAGAAUAGUCGUGACUCGUGAGUCUGAUAGAAUUUCCCCAGUUUUAUGGACCUGCACCGGCCUAUAUAUAUAUGGUUGUUCUUCUCCGAAAAAUUUAGCUAAUGAGGUGCACCAAUCCUGUCGUUUUGAACUGCUUCCACGUGAAAUUCAGAACACAAGAUUCGUUCAAGAUAGUACAGAUUCUCUGUUUUUGUCACAUAUGCCUCACGUAUUGCCUAUGAUAUGGAUGAUCCUUUGUGUUCAUCUUAUCUGCAUCUCAAGCCAACCGGAGACAGAUUUUAUCUACAAUGGUUUUCACCAAGCAGACCUUUAUACCGAUGGGGUUGCCAAAGUUCUUCCAGAAGGACAGUUGCGGUUAACCAACGGAUCCGGACAGAGCAUGGGUCAUGCUUUCUACAAGAAACCGUUCGAGUUCACUUCACCCGAGUCACUGUCUUUCUCAACACAUUUCGUGUGUGCUCUGGUUCCUAAGCCAGGAUCUGGCGGUCACGGUAUCGCCUUUGUUUUAUCUGCCUCCACUGAUCUCUCGCAUGCAGACGUGACGCAGUACUUGGGACUUUUCAACAUCUCGACUAAUGUAAACUCCUCUUCUUCUUCUCACCUAGUUGCUGUUGAGCUAGACACUGCCCUCAGCGCUGAGUUCGACGACAAAGAUGCUAAUCACGUUGGUAUCAAUGUCAACAACCUUACCUCUGUCGAAUCUGCAUCCGCUGCUUACUUCUCCGAUAUUAAAGGUAAGAACGAAACCAUGGAGCUCUCCAGUGGAGACCCUAUUCAAGUCUGGGUGGACUACAUAGGAAACGUGCUUAAUGUUACGAUGGCACCUCUUAAGAAUAAUCAGAAGAAGCCAAGUCAGCCUCUUCUAUCAACCUCUAUCAACCUCUCCGAAAUUUUCCCGGAUAGAAAGAUAUUCAUUGGCUUCUCUGGAGCCACAGGAACACUGAGAAGCUACCAAUACAUACUAGGAUGGAGCUUCAGUAGUGGAAACGGUGCGUCACUGGAGCCCCUGGACGCCACUAAACUUCCUAGAGUUCCUACUCAUAAAUGUGGAACCUGGAGACCAUCGACGCUGCUGAUUAUCCUCUUGGUGUUACUGGCAGUCAUAGUUUUGGCUGUUCUCGUAGCAGCUUUUGUCUACAGGAGAAGGAAAUACGCUGAAGUAAGAGAGGAGUGGGAAGAAGAAUACGGUCCGCACCGGUUUUGCUAUAAAACUCUGUACAAUGCGACCAAAGGGUUUCACGAGGGUGGACUCCUCGGGAAAGGAGGUUUCGGAGAAGUGUACAGAGGAACUCUUCCUUGCGAUGGACUGAUAGCUGUGAAAAGAGUGUCCCACCGCGACGAAGGCGAAGGGAUGAAGCAGUUCGUGGCUGAGAUCGUGAGCAUGGGUAACUUGAAGCACAAGAAUAUCGUCCCGCUUCUCGGCUACUGCAGAAGAAAAGGUGAGUUGCUUCUUGUGUCUGAAUACAUGCCCAACGGUAGUCUCGACCAGUACUUAUUCCACGACGAUAAACCGCCUUUUUCGUGGCGCCGAAGACUUAAAAUAAUCAAGGACGUAGCUUCGGCUCUCGGUUACAUGCAUGCAGGAGCACCCCAAGCUGUUCUCCACCGGGAUGUCAAGGCUUCCAACGUUAUGCUAGACGCUGAACUCAAGGCGAGGUUAGGGGACUUCGGCAUGGCGAGGUUUCACGAUGAUUGGGCGGACAAUGCAGCAGCUACAACCGCCGCUGUGGGGACCAUUGGAUACAUGGCACCGGAGCUUACUACAGUGAGAGCUUCCACUGCGACCGACGUUUAUAGCUUCGGUGCGUUUUUACUCGAGGUGACGUGUGGGAGGAGACCUGUCGACCCUGCGUUGCCUGAGGAGAAAAGGUAUUUAGUUAAGUGGGUCUGCCAAUGCUGGGAAACGGCUUCUUUGUUCGGAGCUAGGGAUGUUAGAAUGAGCGGUGAGAUCUCGUCCGAGGAAGUGGAAAUGGCGUUGAAAGUUGGGUUGCUUUGCACGAAUGCUCUGGCGGAGAUGAGACCUUCGAUGGAAGAAGUUGUGCAGUACUUGAAUGGAAGCCUAAAGCUGCCUGAUAUCUCCCUAAGCUCUCCUGGUAUUGGUUCUAAGUUACUCCUUGCUUCUCACGCUACCAACACCUUCUCCGCGUCGUUUUACUCUUCUUCCUCUGGCGACGACUCUAGAUUCGUCACUCACUCAAUUCUCCUUGGCCACGGACGGUAAACUUUUGAUAAAUUUUUCUUCUUUAAGCUUCGUUUUUAUUUUUUUAUUUUGGAAUGAAGAAAACCUUGUUAGGCUUGUGUGGGUAUUGUGAAAACUGUUUUUAUAUUUCACAAAAAAUAACAAGCAUUGAAAAGAUAUGUUUGGAGUCUUUUGUAGAAAUGCGUUUAGGCUUUAUAUUUUUUUGUGUCUGCGUUCCCCUUCUGUUAUUGCAUUUUCCUGCAAAGGUUUCGGUACAGAUA